GACACAUUAAAGAGUAGCAUGCAGGGGAACAUAAACACAUAUAUACACACCUGACAGAAAAUGGAGGCAGUGAGGAGGUUGCAGGCAGACUGGAGGUAUCCCACUGCUCUGCUGUGUAUUUAUGGGUUCUUCAGCACAGUGAAACCCCUGGAGCCUUUCCUCAUCCCCUACUUAACCGGACCGGACAAGAACCUGACAACAGCACAGGUCAACAACCAGAUCUUCCCGGUGUGGACGUACUCGUACCUCUCGGUGCUGGUGCCGGUGUUCCUGCUGACUGACUGGCUGCGCUACAAGCCGGUGGUGGUGUUCCAGUGCCUCUCCCUCUUCACCACCACGGCCAUGUUGCUCUGGCUCAGGAGUGUCGCAGCCAUGCAGGCCAUGCAGUUCUUCUACGGGGUGGUGACAGCCAGCGAGGUGGCCUACUUCUCCUACAUCUACAGUGUGGUGGACCUGAAGAGGUACAGGAAGGCCACCUCUUACUGCCGCAGUGUCCAGCUGCUGGGCUACACCGCGGGCUCCGUGCUGGGCCAGCUGCUGGUCAGCUUCCAGCUCAUGUCCUACGACAACAUCCUGGUGUUCACUCUAGUUCUCACCUCCAUCGCUCUCCCCGUGGCCUGCCUCCUGCCGAUGCCACAGCAGAGCAUGUUUUUCCACAGGCGUAAAUCAGGGACCGAGGGGAUAAGGACGCAUGGAGAUGGGACUGUGGAUUCAACAGAACUCUCACAGGGAGCAAAUGUCUCCCUGGAAGAACCAAGAGAGGAAAAGGUAGAGAAAGAAGCAGGAGAAGGAGUUGAUGACAUUGAGGUUGGUGCAAGAAGCUGCAGCCAAGUCCUCCUCCAGCUGUGGAGGGACUUCUACCAGUGCUACUCCUCCAGACAGCUGCUCUACUGGUCAGUAUGGUGGGCAAUGGCUACCUGCGGCUAUAACCAGACUGUCAACUAUGUGCAGGUGCUGUGGGAGCAUGUGCAGCCUUCUCAAAAUGUCAGCAUCUACAACGGAGGCGUCGAGGCAUUGUCCAACCUGUUAAGUGCAGCCACAGUGUACGGUAUCGGCUUCGUAGAGGUGAGAUGGGAUCAGUGGGGGGAGCUGGCUCUCGGGGGUUUUUCUGGACUCGGAGCCGCAGCACUCUUCCUCAUGACCUUCAUCGGAAACAUCUGGGUCUGCUACGGCGGAUACAUCCUAUUCAAGUGCCUGUACACGCUGCUGAUAACAAUAGCCAUGUACCAAAUUGCAGCUGAUCUGACGACGGAGAGGUACGCUCUGGUGUUCGGAGUGAACAACUUUGGAGCACUGGCUCUGCAGACCAUCAUCACGUCAGUGGUGGUGGACAGUAGCGGGCUGGGCCUUAGCAUCAUUCCUCAGGUGAGGAGUCGGAUCAGAAAUGUCAGAGUCAGGUGUUCUGCAGAUGAAGUGAUGGUAUGUUGGUUUUUUUUGCAGUUCACCAUAUACGCCAGCUACUUCUCCCUCAUCGCUGUCGUUUUCUCACUCCGAGGACUUUUCACCGUUUGGAGGAGCGACAGAGAGUCCACCGCUGCUGUCCAAAAUGAACCUCCGGACUGUGACCAACACACAUUCUGAACACAUGGGAGCUUACAUUUAAACGCUUCAAAUUACUGACCGCAACACCAUGAAUAUGAAUCCUUUUAUAUAUACAAAACAAAUGUACAAGAUUCUCCAUACAUCAAUAUAAAUGAAUGGUUUGGUCAUUUCUUAUUUAAAAUUCAUUUUAAUAUAUAUACUGUAUAUAUUUACACAUU